AUGGCUUCUGAAGCAUCGACUGAGAUUGAAACGCGUCUCUUCAUCAAUGGCGAGUUUCGCCCUGCUUCAGAUGGGGGAACAUUUCCAUUGAAAUCACCGGCUACCCUGGAAACAGUCGCUUUAGUCUCUGAAGCCUCGGUGGAGGAUACAAACGACGCCGUCGCAGCGGCCCAGGCAGCGUUCCCAGCAUGGUCGAGCCUCUCGCCGCACGACCGGGGGGCGUACAUGUUGAAGCUCGCCGAUCUCAUUCUCGAAUCCGAAAAGGAGCUAGCAUACCUCGAGGCCAUCUCCAUGGGACGUCCCAUCUCGGAAUACUGGGAUGCGAAGGCUGCUGCAGAAAAGCUGCAGUAUUUCGCCUCCUGCGGCUGGCAUGGCCAGGGCCAAACAAGUCUGAACACGCCAGGAUUCAUCAAUAUGACCCUGAGGCAGCCGUAUGGGGUUGUUGCGGCCAUCAUCCCUUGGAAUGUCCCGGUUAACUUCUUCAUAAACAAAGUGGCGCCUGCGAUCGCGGCCGGAAAUACGGUCGUCAUUAAGAGUAGCGAAAAGGCGCCUUUGACUUCGGCCAAAGUUGCUCACCUCAUUCAUCGUGCCGGAUUUCCCCCAGGUGUGAUCAAUGUCCUGUCUGUGAUCACUUUCACAGGCUCGGGGCGCACAGGCCGUCUUAUCCAAAAGGCAGCGGCCAACUCCAACCUGAAGAAUGUGAUCUUUGAGCUCGGAGGCAAGUCCCCGACUGUUAUAUUCCCAGAUGCGGACCUAGAAAAGGCGGCGAAGGAGUCAGCGUAUAGUAUCCAAAUGAAUAGCGGCCAAGUGUGCAUGGCCAACUCUCGAAUCUAUGUCCAUACUUCCAUCGCCGAUCAAUUUAUCCCUCUGUUCAAGGCCAAUUUCCAGUCCGUGUCGAUGGGCGAUCCCACAAAACCCUGCGUAAACCACGGUCCGCAGGCCGAUGAAACCCAGUUCAACAUUGUGAAACGCUACAUAGAGCUGGGCAAGAAAGACGGCGAACUUAUCCUUGGAGGAGGCGAUGUCCCUGACCAAAAAGGUUACUUUAUCCCGCCGACGAUCUUCGCGAAUACGCCAGAGAGCUCCCAGAUCAUGAAGGAGGAGAUAUUCGGGCCGGUGGUUAAUAUCAACGUGUUUGAAACCGAAGCCGAGGUCAUUAAGAUGGUAAACUCAUCCGACUUUGGGCUCUAUGCUGCGGUCUACACGCGAGAUGUGAACCGGGCUAUGCGCUUUGCUACGUCUAUGGAGGCUGGUACCGUGGGCAUCAACUGCACGAGUCCGACUGGUGCGUUUGAUAUGCCCUUUGGUGGAUACAAGGCCAGUGGAAUUGGGAGGGAAGGCAUCCAUCACAGUCUCGAUAACUACCUUGAAACGAAAACUGUACAUUUGAGGGUUGAAGGACUCUAA